UGAGGGUGUGUUCAGGAGAGGGAGGCAGUCACAGACUGAGAGGGUGUGUGCGCAUGUGGGACAGAGAGAUAGUGGGAAGGAAAGAGGAUACUGUGCGUGUGAACAACAGCGACAGACAGGGUGUGUGUGUGUGUGUGUGUGUUUGUCCGUGUAGCAGUAAGAGAAAGAGAAAGAAGGAUUGAAGCAAUAUUGCCAUAUAGCCGCUGGGGAAGCUAAGCGAGAAACCGACACCAGAACAAAGGAGGAACGGUCUUUAAAUACAAUGGGCAAGUCAGCCUCCAAGCAGUUUGCUGAAGAGGUUCUGAGGAGCCACAAUGAGUACAGGAGGCAGCACCAGGCCCCCGCACUCAAACUGAGCAGCAAGCUGAGCCGAGAAGCUACAAGGUAUGCAGAGAGUCUGGCUAGCACCAGAAUCCUGAAGCACAGUGCUGAGUCCAGCAGGGGGAGCUGUGGGGAGAAUCUGGCAUGGGCAUCUUACGACCAGCCAGGCAAAGACGUUGCUGACCGGUGGUACACCGAAGUGAAGAACUACAAUUUUAACCGCCCUGGUUUUUCCACUGGCACAGGGCACUUCACAGCAAUGGUGUGGAAAAACACAAAGAAGCUGGGAGUGGGGAAAGCCACGGCCAGUGACAGCUCCACCUUUGUGGUGGCGCGCUACUUUCCCGCCGGGAACAUCACCAACCAGGGCCACUUUGAGGCCAACGUACUCCCUCCCAGAAAGUGACGUGAUGAUCAAGGCUGCAGUUGGACUAAACCAAAUACCACUCUCUUCAAUCAAUGACCUCAGAGUGACAUCGGCAGGCUUUCCGUCCACAGCCUAAACUUCCUGAAAGCUAACUGAUCUUGAAUAGGACUCAUGAUUAGUUUUCACCAUUGUUUCCAAUGAUCAUAACCAUUUUCCAUUAUUGUUCCUUAUUCGUGUCAUAGCCAUUGGUUAACUGAGACUGGAGUUGGAAGAGUAAUUUUUUCAAUAUUUGCCAGGGACUGAGCAUCUAAUUGGCCAGACAUAUUUCUUGAGCCUAUAAUGACCUAAAUGAUAAAUGAAUUCAGUGGAUGAUGGGAAGAAUUUGUUAUACUUGAACUGAACUAUUUGAAAUAAAAUCACCUACUAUACAUACGAUACCAUACAUUGAGCAGUUUAGCCAUGUUGUCUGAAUUGAGAAUUGAGUGGCAUUACCAAGCAGUAUUAUUAAUGUUCUCUUUAUGCUUGUGACAUUAAUGAUUAGUUUACAGUGUGAUGUAAGGGAUAUUUGUACAAGGCCUCAUCUGUAUAGUUGACAGUUCUCCAGUCACUGUCAAAAGAGAAUGAUAUUCACUGAAGGAUAAAACUGUGACAGUAAAUACUAAACCUAUUUUGAUAAUAAUUUAAAUGUUGAUAAUACCCUUGAAUUAAAUAUUCUCACAUUAUAUAUUCCAGUAAAUGUAAUUAAAUACAUUUCUACAUGUCCCAGGUGGCAGAUUGACUAGGGGCUGGAACAAUUAACAUACACCAUCUUUUAAUGAUAUACAUGAGAUAAAGGAUUCCGUAAUGGUUGUCUAAUAGCUGAAAGGCUGCUUUCACAUUACUUAAAUUGAUUAAUUUGUGACGGCAGAAAACCAUGAUAUAAUUCUUUAAAUCCUUUAGUCACUUAUAAACCAGUUAUCUAUGUACCAUGUAAUCACAUAUUAAUGCAUUAAUACCACUUUUGUGAUGACCAUUGACAUGCACUUGUAUUAAGUUUACACAGACCACUUUACAGAUUUAGUACAAGGACUUUUGUAUUUCAACAGUGCCCACUGUUUUUAUUUUUUAUUUUGUCAUGAAAUGAUUUGUAAAAUAAAAUGGACAAUUGUUUAUAAA